UGAGAAUUGAUACCCAUUUCAGGUCAAAAAAGUGGAACCAAGGUACUUCCAACCACCUCCUCUCACCUCUCUCCGCAUGAACAAACAUACCAGACAGAUGAUGUGGGCUAACAAUUUGCUUGGCAUGAGGCCAAAGGCUUAAGGGUCCUGCCCUGCCCAUAUUCUUCUCACUUGACUUCUUAAGGGAAGGAAUGAUUGCUGAUGUUUUCCUCUGCAACGGUUGGCACCUGGACUGAUUGUUGCAGCUGUAACUAGGAAUGCUCCCCAACAUGCCGUGAUUCUUCUCACGAUUCUGGGAGAAACCGUACCUCCUCCCCCAUAGACUUUAUAUAGGAAGCAUUUUCAUCUUUUUAUUAAUCCCACAAGAUUUUGUGAAUAUGUACUCCGAGCCAGGCACUUUAAACUUCAAACCUCUUCCUAGCCCAAGUAGGAAGGGGAUACUCAGGCGCUGCGGACCAUUCUCCUCUCCUUGCUGCAAAGUUACAGUCCCUAUCCCUCCUGGGUGCCCAUCCUCGUGCCUAUUUUCCCGGAUCCCCACCCAGUUGAUGUGACAGGCUCGUGGUCCAAUCCCCUUCUAGGUUCCCAGGCCGACUGCUAGCACCACCCGAGCCAAUAGCGGCGGCCGAGGGGCGGAGGGGGCUGGCAGGAGGAGAGGGAGCGCUGGCUUUAGAACCACUGCCGCAAAGAUUACGAGGGGCAGAAGUUGUCGGAGUGCGUUGGUCGGCGGCAGUCGGGCCAGAGCCUGGACUCUGUGACUUUACAUCUUUAAAUGGAUGAGAUGGCUACUACUCAGAUUUCCAAAGAUGAGCUUGAUGAACUCAAAGAGGCCUUUGCAAAAGUUGAUCUCAACAGCAACGGAUUCAUUUGUGACUAUGAACUUCAUGAACUUUUCAAGGAAGCUAAUAUGCCAUUACCAGGAUAUAAAGUGAGAGAAAUUAUUCAGAAACUCAUGCUGGAUGGUGACAGGAAUAAAGAUGGGAAAAUAAGUUUUGAUGAAUUUGUUUAUAUUUUUCAAGAGGUAAAAAGUAGCGAUAUUGCCAAGACCUUCCGCAAAGCCAUCAACAGGAAAGAAGGUAUUUGUGCUCUGGGUGGAACUUCAGAGUUGUCCAGCGAAGGAACACAGCAUUCUUACUCAGAGGAAGAAAAAUAUGCUUUUGUUAACUGGAUAAACAAAGCUUUGGAAAAUGAUCCUGAUUGCAGACACGUUAUACCAAUGAACCCAAACACUGAUGACCUGUUCAAAGCCGUUGGUGAUGGAAUUGUGCUUUGUAAAAUGAUUAACCUUUCAGUUCCUGAUACCAUUGACGAAAGAGCAAUCAACAAGAAGAAACUUACGCCCUUCAUCAUUCAGGAAAACUUGAACUUGGCACUGAACUCUGCUUCUGCCAUUGGGUGUCAUGUUGUGAACAUUGGUGCAGAAGAUUUGAGGGCUGGGAAACCUCAUCUGGUUUUGGGACUGCUUUGGCAGAUCAUUAAGAUCGGUUUGUUCGCUGACAUCGAGUUAAGCAGGAAUGAAGCUUUGGCUGCUUUACUCCGAGAUGGUGAGACUUUGGAAGAACUUAUGAAAUUAUCUCCAGAAGAGCUUCUACUUAGAUGGGCAAACUUUCAUUUGGAAAACUCGGGUUGGCAAAAAAUUAAUAACUUUAGUGCUGACAUCAAGCUUAUUGACUUCAGUAAUUCAGUGAAGGAUUCCAAAGCCUAUUUCCAUCUUCUCAAUCAAAUUGCACCAAAAGGACAAAAGGAAGGUGAACCACAGAUAGAUAUUAACAUGUCAGGUUUUAAUGAAACAGAUGAUUUGAAGAGAGCUGAGAGUAUGCUUCAACAAGCAGAUAAAUUAGGUUGCAGACAGUUUGUUACCCCUGCUGAUGUUGUCAGUGGAAACCCCAAACUCAACUUAGCUUUUGUGGCUAAUCUGUUUAAUAAAUACCCAGCACUAACUAAGCCAGAGAACCAGGAUAUUGACUGGACUCUAUUAGAAGGAGAAACUCGUGAAGAAAGAACCUUCCGUAACUGGAUGAAUUCUCUUGGUGUCAAUCCCCAUGUAAACCAUCUCUAUGCUGACCUGCAAGAUGCUCUGGUAAUCUUACAGUUAUAUGAACGAAUUAAAGUUCCUGUUGACUGGAAUAAGGUUAAUAAGCCUCCAUACCCGAAACUGGGAGCCAACAUGAAAAAGCUAGAAAACUGCAACUAUGCUGUUGAAUUAGGGAAGCAUCCUGCUAAAUUUUCUCUGGUUGGCAUUGGAGGGCAAGACCUGAAUGAUGGGAACCAAACCCUGACUUUAGCUUUAGUCUGGCAGCUGAUGAGAAGAUAUACCCUCAAUGUCCUGGAAGAUCUUGGAGAUGGUCAGAAAGCCAAUGACGACAUCAUUGUGAACUGGGUGAACAGAACGUUGAGUGAAGCUGGAAAAUCAACUUCCAUUCAGAGUUUUAAGGACAAAACGAUCAGCUCCAGUUUGGCAGUUGUGGAUUUAAUUGAUGCCAUCCAGCCAGGCUGUAUAAACUAUGACCUUGUGAAGAGUGGCAAUCUAACAGAAGAUGACAAGCACAAUAAUGCCAAGUAUGCAGUGUCAAUGGCUAGAAGAAUCGGAGCCAGAGUGUACGCUCUUCCUGAAGACCUUGUGGAAGUAAAGCCCAAGAUGGUCAUGACUGUUUUUGCAUGUUUGAUGGGCAGGGGAAUGAAGAGAGUGUAAAAUAACCAAUCUGAAUAAAACAGCCUUGCUCCCAGGUGCAUGAUUCACAGGUCAGCUAUUUCCAGGUGAAGUGCUUAUGGCUUAAGGAACUCUUGGCCAUUCAAAGAACUUUUCAUUUUGAUUAACAAGACUAGCUCAGCAUGAGAGCCCUCAGGGGAAAGGGUUUUAAUCAAAACAAUUCCUCUUUCCCAUAGUCAGAGUUGGAUUUUUCAGGCACGCCUGAAAUGUGCUCAUAGCCAAAACAUUUUACUCUCUCCUAGAAUGCUGCCCUUGACAUUUCCCAUUGCCGUAUGUUAUUUCUCGCUCUGUUAUCUUUUGCCCUCUUAGAAUGUCCCUCUCUUGGGACUCACUUAGAUGAUGUGAUAUGAAUAUUAUUAGACAGUAAUUUUGCUUUCCAUCCAGUAUGCUAGUUCUUAUUUGAGAACUAUGGUCAGAGGGUAUUUGGAUAUGAGUAUCCUUUGCUUAUCUUUGUAGUACUGAAAAUUUGCCGAAGUAACUGGCUGUGCAGAAUGUAAUAGAAGAAGCUUUUCUUAUUCUUUUAUUUUUAAGAUCAGUAUCUUUUUACAGUAUUCUUUCUAUAUGAUCCUUUUUUGUACAUUUAAGAAUAUUUUGAUUACAUUAAACAAGACUGCUGAUUUUGCUACUUUUUUUAAGGGGUCUCCAAGUAAGUAAAACAUACAUUAUAGCUAGAAGAAAAAUGUACCUUCAAUUUGCAUCUUUCCCUCCCAUACGUAAGCUGUAAACAAUUGAAAUAUUUUGUCACUUAGUUCAAUACAUGCUUAUUUGUUUUAAAACCUGUAUCAUCAAACUCUCUCUUUAAAUUAAAAAUGCUGUUGAAUAUGAUACUUUUGAGGAGAGAGUAUGCUCAGAAUUUAGGAUUUGGUAGGCCAAGUACGCUAAGUGUACAAUAUAUUUUUAAAUUUUACACCUAAAACAGAGAAAUGUGGUCACUAAAAAUAAAAGUAUAUAUGUAGGACUUAAUGUACUCUUGCUUUGUCAAGCUGUUUGCUAUAGUUUCCAAGGUAUUAUGUUACUCUAACUCUGAAAAGUGAUGUAAUCUGAUAGCAAUGUAGUAGUUCAAAUAAAGGCAUUUACAUAAUAAUUAGUCUCUUCUUCAUGCUUUUGUCCCUUAGGAAGUAUGCCAGUGUUUGUCAGGACUUUUUCUUUUCGUUUUUCUGAUGUAUUCUCUAAAAUGGUGUUUGUUAAAUUUGAGUUUUGGGAGCUGAAUUAGAGGUACUGAAUUAAGGACAGUACAAAUAAAAUAAAAGGAUUUUCUCCAAUUUA